CAUUGGUCUUGAUGGAUGUGAUGUGUGGAUUGUAGCGUCCUCACGUGCCCUCGGUACAGCGCUGCCAGCCGUGCAGCGCAGCCAGCCAUGCAGCCAGUCGAAGCUGUUUUUUCAUUAUGAACUACCUCCUCUAUCCGCGUAAAGUUUUCAGGAAAAAAAAGGCUAAUUUGAAGGGACAAGCUAAAAGUACUACAGGAGACGCCGACAGUAGGCGAUUGCACACAGUGGAAAGACUUAAGACAUUCAAGCUCGCUUGAGCGGAAGUUUCCUUGUGUAAAUGCACAAAUAACAGUUUCAUGGGAAGGACAAUACUUGUCUUUAUAUGGUGGUUACAACAUUAACACAACAUUGGAAAAUGCUUCUACAAAGGAUAUUCCGGGCGGUUAUCAUGGGACCUCCGGGCUCGGGGAAAGGCACUGUGUCGGGGCGCAUAGUAAAAAGUUUCGGAUUAAUGCACCUUUCAAGUGGGGACCUUUUGAGGGCCAACAUUAAAGCCAAAACAGGUGCGACCAUGGGGAAAGAAAAGUUUUCCUUGAGGGCCCCUGUAAGGCAACACUGGUAUAAACAAACCCCUAGGAGGGUAGACAUUUGCUUUGAGAGCUGGGUCUUCUGAUGAAGUCAUGCAUUGACCAGGGUCAGCUGGUACCUGAUGACGUCAUAUCCCGUCUCAUCCUGACAGAGAUGAGGAACAUAGACCAGAGCAGCUGGCUGCUGGAUGGGUUCCCCCGUACCGUGUCUCAGGCAGAGACUCUGGACAACGUGUGCAGUGUGGACACAGUCAUCAACCUGGACGUGCCUUACCAGACCACCAAACAGAGACUGACUUCUCGCUGGCUCCAUCUGCCCAGCGGACGUGUCUACAACAUAGACUUCAACCCACCCAAGAUCGCUGGCCUUGAUGACGUCACCGGAGAGCCUCUGAUUCAGAGAGAUGAUGACACACCAGAGACCGUCACCAGGAGGCUAAAGGCAUACGAGAACCAGACACGGCCUGUGCUGGAGUACUACAGGAGCAAAGGGGUGUUGGAGACAUUCUCAGGAACGGAAACCAACAAGAUCUGGCCUCACAUUCAGGCCCUCCUGUCCAAAAAACUCUCCCUACAAAAUUAAAAAGGUUGUUGGGAAAGCAUAGAAUACACUCCCGGGAAAAGAAUGGAUCAGUUUACCACAACUUUAAUGGGACUCAACUCUUUGGUCCAAAAUGUAACAGUAUCUCAGUGCCUAUAUAAGACCAUGUUAUUUACUACUACAACAUAUGUGGAUGAGGACCACACAUUCAACUAAUGUUACAUUCUAUCUCUGUUCAUUCCAUAUGUAGCCUGGUCCCAGUUUGUGCUCUGGCCAACUUCUAUAGUCAUGCCAAACAAUGACCAUAGUCUGUAUUGUAGCUUGUUGCCAGGUGAUGUGGUUUUGUAUCCAAUUCACACCAGUCCGUGGUCUGUUGGUGUAGAGGACAACUAUAAUGGGGUAAAUGGAAAAGUGCCAUUAUAUUAGGUGAAGUUGCCUUGAAUUCAUCUUUAGGGCCAAGUGCCUAUUGUUGACAUGACAAUAUAUUGUCUCUUAAAUGAUAAAAACAAAAAAAAGUGAAUCACCAUGCAAUUAAUGAAUGAUAAAAACACAGUGCCAAUGAUUUCAGUGAAACACGUGUCACCAGAAAUUCAGUAGUUUAGAAUAGCGGUCAUUUUAAGUUGUUAGCCUGGUUAAACCAGAGUGAACGUUGCACUCCCGUGAAGUGAAACGUCAUACAAUCUAUUUGGAUGCCAGGCUCAUAAGUUAUCACGGGAGUGAUAACAUAUUCUCAAAAAAAGCUGCAAUUAGCUGAUGCAUAGUUUUAAUGACGAUAUUUGUAUAUUUUCACUGACCGUGGCCAUGCCUUGGGAGUUUAGAUUUGUAAUCUGAUUAAUCUAUACUGAAAAUGUAUGCCGAAUGUUUUACCAGCAUAUUACAUGCAGUAAUUUAGCACAUUAUCUGUACUUUGAUGAUCAGUCAAAGGAAUAAUUACUUUAGUAAAUGUGUAUACUUUUAUGAACCUUAAACUUCUAUUUCAUAACAAGUGUAUUAUUUAUUAUCGAGUCUCACUUGCUGGAAGAGACUGUAUUCAGGCGAACUGUUUCAAAAUGUAAAAUAAACUAAUAUAAUAAAAAUA